UGGACUGCUGUCAUGGCUGCUGCUGCGAAGGGUCACUGGAAGAUUGUUAGAAUGAUCAUUGAUGUUCACCUUGAAAUGAUUUGUGAUGAAGCUGAUUUUGUUAUCAUUAAAGCAGCCGAUAAUAAUGAGUGGGACAUUGUACUCUGUAUCAUAAAACACAAAUUCCAAUUACCAACUGAAACUUUCAAGCAUUUGAUCCAGAGAGCUUAUAGCCAAGAGAUGCUGGACAUGGUUUGUACAAUUUUGCAGCAGAACUUUAGGUACAAAAAUGAAAGAGUUUGUGAAGUACUGUCUAAGAUGGUGAAAAAAGGGUGCUGGAACAAGAUAAUGGAGCUUCUCAUUUUAGUGAAAAAGGAGAUAAAGUUUGAUUUACCUUUGGUUAAGGCUGCACUUGCAGAAGAUUUCGAAGACGUUAAAUCUAUAGUCAAGAAACUUGAUGAACCUAUCUUAGAUGGUACUCGACUGGUUGUGGCAGCCUGUGGGACCAGCGAUGAGGUAGCCUACCUCCUAUACCGCUCUAACUACACCAGUGAAGAAGCAAUAUAUAAACACUGCCUACUUAUAGCCUCCAUGAAUGGCCACUUAGAAAUAUUGACACCACUGUUCGAAAGACAUUUCAAAUAUUUCACUUACAGUCUUUUGAGCAGAGCUCGGCAACUAGCAAUGGAGGCAAGAACUGAGGAUACUGAAAAUCUUCUACAACUUGCUUUAUGUGAGAAAGCUAAAAAUCUUUGCUCGUAACAACACAUAUUAGGUAGGAACAUAAGUCAAAUAGUAUUCGUUAUGAACAAAAAUAAAGUGAUAACUUACACUUCAAAAUAUUAAAUCAUAACACAGUAUUUGAAUAUUAUAACUCACUCCAAAUGGAAAUUACAAAGCUCACAUGUAUAAAUAUAUUGCAGUUUCUCCUUUUAUUAUUAAUUAACUGUAAUGAAAUUUUACAAGACCAGAAUUUAAUU